AUGGGUUCGAUAGGACACGAUGUGCCUUCGCUGGACUUUUCACUAUUUACUCAUGGAACAUCCGCGCAGCAGACCGAGUUCUGUGCGACCCUAAAAGAUGUCCUCUCUCGUCUGGGCUUUAUUAAGCUGAAGAAUCAUAUCAUCCCCAAACAGACCAUGUACGAAGCUUUUGAGUGGAGUAAGCGAUUUUUCAGCAUGCCGUUAGAAGACAAGAUGAAAGCGGCCCACCCCCCUCGACCCAAUCCACAUCGCGGAUACAGUUAUGUUGGGCAAGAAAAGCUCUCGCGAGUCAAGGAUUUUGAGAAAGGAAUCAUGACCGAUGAAGAGAAGAGAGACAUCAAGGAAUCCUAUGAUCAAGGCUCACAAUACGACGAACUUUACCCUAACAUCUGGCCUGACGAAAAAGACAUCCCAAGCUUCCAGAAGUUCAUGACGGAUCUCUACGAACGCUGCCACGAGAUGCACAUGGUCCUCCUCGAAGCCAUCGCCCUCGCCUUUGCGUUCCCCCGCCCAUUUUUCCGUCAACUCUGCGAAACCAACACCAGCGAACUCCGCAUGAACCACUACCCGGCCAUUCAACGCUCGCAGCUCGCACAAGGCACACGGCGCAUUUCGGAACACACGGAUUUUGGCACUGUCACACUGCUCUUCCAGGACAUGAUUGGGGGGUUGGAAAUCGAACGGCAAGACGGGCCAGGCGAAUACAUGCCCGUGGAAGCCAACGAUCCCACGGAGAUGAUUGUCAACGUGGGCGAUUGUCUUCAGCGGUGGACGAACGAUCAGUUGCGGUCCGCAUGUCAUCGGGUUACUGCGCCUUGCUCAGGGCCGGAUGACCCGGAGAGUGUGAUUGAGGAUCGGUAUUCAAUUGCAUAUUUUGGGAAGCCGAAUCGCGAUGUUUCGGUGGCGACCAUGCCCGAGUUUGUCAAGAGUGGGUGUUUGCCUAAGUAUGUGAAACCCAUGACGGCUUGGGAAUACAAUCAGUCUAAGUUACUUCGGACGUAUUGA